AUGUUAUGGCAUAAACAUGCGUCUAAUAACGAUGGUUUUCUUAGGCAUCCAAGGGACGCUGAAGCAUGGAAAAAGUUUGAUGCAAAGUAUACUAAUUUUUUGGCGGAUCCGCGUAAUGUUCGCCUAGCCUUGGCGAACGAUGGAUUUAAUCCCUUUGGGAAUAUGAGCAUAAAGUACUCCAUCUGGCCUGUGAUUCUUAUUCUGUAUAAUCUACCACCCUGGAUUUGCAUGAAGCAGACAUCUUUCAUUCUAUCCACGCUUAUUCCUGGGCCAAAAAUGCCAAGUAACGACAUAGAUGUUUAUUUGCAGCCUUUGAUAAAUGAGUUGAAGCAAUUAUGGGAUGGUGUUGAAACCUAUAAUGCCAAAGAAGAAAACACUUUCAAGAUGUGUGCGGCACUAAUGUGGACUAUCAGCGACUUUCCAGGAUUGGGAAACCUAUUUGGCUGGAAUACGCAUAGUGGGUUAGCCUGUCCUAUGUGUAACUUGGAUGCUAAGCCACAUCGGCUGAAAGACAGUCAAAAAUGGUGUUUCAUGGGCCAUCGACGCUUUUUAAAUCAGGGACACAAAUACAGACUAGACCGGAAUAGAUUUGACGGGCAGGUCGAAGGUAGAGAUCCGCCAAGGAAGUUAUCAGGAACAGAUGUAUUGAGGCAGCAGUCUAAUGUGCACGUUUCAUUUGGGAAGAGUUCAAGUGUGACAUCUAAAAAAAGACGCAAUGGCCAGGAUGCGGAUGAAGAUGAUUCACAUUGGAAGAAGAAGAGUGUUUUCUUUGACCUCCUGUACUGGGAGGAUCAGAUGUUGCGUCAUAACCUCGAUGUGAUGCAUAUAGAGAAAAACGUGUGUGACAAUGUGGUCUUCACUAUCUUAAACGAUAGCAGCAAAUCAAAGGACAAUCUUAAAGCUCGUAGAGAUUUACAAUGCAUGGGUAUAAGGCCUGAAUUAUGGCCGGGAGAAGGUGGUAAAUAUCCUUCUGUAAUAUUUGCGAUGUCGAAUUCACAGAGGGAUAUUUUUCUGAAGACUUUGCAGAAUAUGAUAUUUCCAGAUGGUUACUCUAGCAACAUUGCUCGUUGUGUUGAUUUGCGACAGCACAAGUUAUCUGGGUUGAAAAGUCAUGACUGUCAUAUUCUGAUGGAACAAUUACUCCCAAUUUUGGUGAAGUUUUCACUUCCGAGUCCGGUAUCCAAUGUGAUUGCAAAUUUGUCGUCAUUUUUUCGAGAACUUUGUUGGGCCAUAAACCGUAUGCAGCUUGCUGAGCUUCAGAAUCAUGUUGUGCAAACCUUGUGUCAGAUGGAAAUGAUUUUUCCUCCAUCCUUCUUCACCAUCAUGGUUCACCUCACCGUGCAUCUCGUUGAUGAGGUUACUCUUGGUGGACCCGUACAUUAUAGGUGGAUGUAUCCAAUAGAAAGGUAUUUAGGACGUCUGAAGCAAUAUGUUCGUAAUAGAGCACAACCGGAAGGCUCAAUUGCAGAAGGCUAUUUAUCUGAGGAAAUCCUGACUUUCUGUUCUAGGGGAGAGUAUCUUCCCAGCUAUUGGCAAGGCAUUAGGGGCAGUUUCGCAUUUCGAACUCACUCCAAUGGAAAAACAUCAAGCUCAUCGUCAUGUGCUAGUCAACUGCGAUGCCGUGGUUCCGUUCUUCUGGAAAGUACUAUUCAAUCAAAAGAGCUGAAGUUGCUUGCAUGUGGUCCCAUGAUUCAUGCCAGACGUUUUAGGGCGUAUAAUGUUAAUGGGUACAAGUUUCAAACUGUCACAAAGGAAAACGGGAUGAAAACACAAAAUAGUGGAGUAUAUGUAUCAUCUAAUACGAGAAGUUAUGCAAGCAUGCGUGAUAAUAGGGUGGCUGUUGGUGGUGUUCCAGGCAUCAAACAAGACCAUUUGGGGCUUACCAGCGUUAAUUUCUCUCGUCCAAUACACACUGGUAAUCGUGAAGAAGAUGAACCGUACAUAUUGGCAUCAGAAGCUCAGCUUGUAUACUAUGUGGAUGAUGAAGUAGCUAAAGAAUAG